AUGACAGCAGCAACACCUGGGAGGAAGCAAUGUAUACCACACGAGAUUCUUCUUCAAAUCAUCGAGGUUAUGGUGGAAGCCAGCUACCUCGUCAUGUUUUCCAACAUCUUUAGACGAGCCUUUUCUGGAUCAAUGUGCCAUGAGGCAACUCAUAAAAAUGCUGACGACAUGGAUUGGUCCUGA